GGUGCCUCCUGAAGGAGAAAGGAAACUGUGACGCCGAUGACACUAUGGGCGGUAUAAGUUUCCACCGUUUUCCUCGGGACCCCUUGAGGUGAGUUCCUAUAUAUUUUAAGUGCCUACGGCCGAGAACGGAGCUGAGUCACUUGGUUGAGGACGUGCAGUGUUUGCUGAAGUACAAUGCUUAACUCUCCCCCCGAGUUUUAUUGAGAGCGGUGAAGUGAACGUAGUGCAAGUUACAUAAGAUUAAUAGCGUUUCAAUGGCAUCACCUAUUUUCCAGCUUUCAGACUGUAUGGACGCUCCCUGGAUAGGUCAUCCUUCCGCAGUGAGGUACAAGGCGUGGCUGGAGUUUUGCAACCUGGAGGCGGAUACGAGUCUAAUUCCCAUUCGCUCUAAGGUCCUGUGCUCCCAGCACUUCACACCAGUUGCUUAUUUGCGCACAGGAAGGCUUCGGUGGGAUGCAGUUCCUACAUUGAAGCGCACACUGCAUGGCGUUGGAGGAAGUAGUGCCUACACCAAUCAGAGCAGACUUGAAAGCAGUGGGCCUUCAACGGAGGAACGUGUGCAAGCUGUGGUAGCCUACGAUGACGACAGCACAGGAGCAAUACACCUUCACCAGAUGAGUCAUCCUUGCCAUGCUGAAGAGUGUGGUACUGAAGAAAGUCAGCAACAGCGUGAUCUGUCUCAUCAGGACCAUAGCUACGCACAACACGCACCAGCCUUGUCAACACAGAGCACUGUUGUCUCCCCACUAGCUGCAGUUGUCACUCCUCUGCCAGGAACGUCGUCUGGUGUACUGCGUGCAGUCGCGUCACCUCAGCACUUAAAAGGUGGAAGUGGCUGGCAUCCCCCCAAAGAUUGCCCAUCGUCCAGUAGUCCUGCAGCUCCAGCACAGCCAACAAAAGGCAAGCUGGAUAACCUCCGCAAGAAAGUGCACCAGUUGCAAGCCCGCAACAAGAAGCUUCAGCACAAAAUAGCAGAAGCAGAAAACAUUGUCAAUGCUUACAAUGCUUUGACAUUCCUUUAAUACAAAAAUGCUGUUGUAAUCAAAGUAGUAGUCAUGAACAGUGUGUAUGCUCUGAACAAGGUUGUCAUUGCUGGAAGCUGAUAUUAUUUUGGCUGUUUUGCAAGAUAAAGUAUCACAGACUUCUAAACUGAGCUAAUGGACUUGUGCCUUCUAAUUCCUCCAUAGCAUUCAUUACGAAUGCCAAAAACUGGGAGACAUAGCGCCACACAGCAUGCAAGUAUCAUAUAAUGUGGCCCAAAAGUGCAAAUAUGUUCACUUCCACCUUCUUGGUACGAGAGAUAUGUGGAAAGCUCCAGAUGUGCAUGGGGACAGCAAUAGUCGUGGGCCCUAUCGGUGUUUGCUGGAAUUUGUACAUUAUCCUUUUGUGCUUAUUCACUACAUAGACUGUCAUACUGGUUAUUGCACAUUAUUCUGUCGUGGGUGUUUAUACUGGAGUUGUACGGACUACAUAAUACUGUUUAUACUGCAUUAUACUGUUUACAAUGCCAUGGCGAAUUUACCUGUGAUAAAAGAAAGCAAGCCCC